UCUACAAACGAAAGAGGUCCGGGUCAGAAUAGAAGAAAAAUGUGAUUGUACUGUUCAUACGAUGAUGAAAAAAAACACAUAUGGCUUGCAACAGAUGUUCCGGGUUAGCCGAGGACUCCAGGUUAAAGAUGUCAGCUCCAUCGUUUGUGAUCACCCGCUCUUGUGUAAAAUUUAUGACCGCGAAUAUAUUCCCCGGCUGGAGUAAAUGCUCGCUUUUUUUCUGAUUCUCACGGCGCCAUCUUGUGUCCUCUUUUUUCGUCGGAGCUGCAAACGAAGACGUGGAUAAAAAACAGAGCUCCGUUUUGAGUGUAAAAGUACCGGGAUGGGUUUAUCGUUUGAAAAUGUGUAAAGUAGAAAUACUGAGAGCAUUGCUUGAUCAGCGCCUAAGGGCAGCUGUCGAGGAGGUAGUUGGAGUUUUUGCAAGGACGAUAGCAGAGUACGAGGAAGAACUUUGUCGAACAAGAGAGGAGAACGAGCGACAACGUCAACUGUUGGACGCUGUUGUCAAGAAGCAAAACGUGUUACACGUAACAGACAUCAGUGAAGAAAAUCUUCAUUCUGAGCAGCAGGAGUGGAGCUCCUGGGUGGGCCAGCAAGAGCGAGAAGAUCUCAACAUUAAAAAGGAAGAGAAGGAGGGGGAUAUCAUCAAGUUGCCAUUGAUAUAUGUCCCUUUGACGAGUGAGGUUGAAGCCAAAGGUGAGAACAGAGUGCUGCAGCCUCCGAGCAGCAACUCAAGUCACCACUUGAAAACGGGAGUUGAUGGAGACCACCGUGGAGGAUCCCAGGCAGAAAGCUGGCUACCUCCACUCUCAAAUCGUGGCGACAUGUCUGACAUUGGUCAUGAACAUUCUCAAGGCGGUACCACAUAUCACAUUGACAACCACGUUUUGGCAUGUCCUCAGUGUGACAAAUCCUUUGACUGCAAGACUUCUUUCAAAAGACACAUGAGAACUCACAGUGAUAACAAUGACUUGACAUGUCAUGAAUAUGACAUCGAUUUCCCUAACCAGACUGAUUUGAAAGGACACACGAUAAGUCAUACUGGAGAGAAGCCAUUGUCCUGCACAGUGUGUUUUAAAGAAUUUGAGUACAGAGGAACUUUGACAGCGCACAUGAGAACACACACUGGUGAGAGGCCAUUUGCGUGUGCAGUAUGUGGUCAGCGAUUUUCAGUGCGAUCAAAUAUGGUGAAGCACAUGUUAAUACAUACAGGGGAGAAACCUUUUGCCUGCUCGGUGUGCGGUCUCAGAGUAAAUCAAAAGGCUAGUUUAAUAACCCACAUGAGAACGCACACUGGUGAGAAACCAUUUUCCUGCUCAAGUUGCAGGAAAUGUUUUUCCGAUCGCUCCUCACAAAUUCGACACAUGAGAACGCACACGGGGGAGAAAUUGUUCAGUUGCAGCGUGUGUGAUCAAAGAUUUUCUCGUAAGUACAAGCUGAACCAGCACAAGUGUGCUGGGAGGAAAUAAAGUUGAGCUGCACAAAAUGUGAUUCUGCCAUCGUGUUGUUUGAAUAAUUUAUUUCAAAAAGUGAAAUUUGUAUCUUGUAUUAGUUCACCACACACAAAGUGAAAUAUUCCAAGCCUUUGUUUUGAUUUUGAUGAUUAUGGCAGAAAGACACAAUGAGAAAUCUUUUCAUGUGUCAAACAAGAAAGCAUUUUCAACACAGAAAUAUUGGCCUUCUGUAAAGUAUAUUCAAGUACUAUGCCAUCAGUACUUUGUUGGUCCUCCUUUUGCAUAAAUGACAGCAUCGAGGUGGCAUGGCAUGGAGGCGGUCAGCUUUUGACAUUGUUAUCGGAGUCCAAGUUGCUUUAUUGGCCUUCAGAAUACUCUUCAUAUCAAGGUUUCUGUUCUUUCAUCUUCCUCUUGACAAUACCCAAAACAUUUUCAACAGGGUUCAAGUCAGGCGAGUUUGCUGAACAAUCAAGUACUGUUAUUUCUUGACCAUUGGUACAUGUAUAUGUUAAUGUUGGCUUUGGGCAGGUGUCAAAUCUUUCUUGAAAAUAAAAUUGUCUCCAAAAAGCUUGCCAGCAGAUGGAAACAUUAAGUGCUCUAAAAUUUCUUGGUAGACAGCUGCAUUGACUGUGGAUUUGUUCAAAGUCAAUCGACCCAAACCAGCAAAUGACAUGAUCCUCACCAUGUGCAGGAAUGUGAAUGAAUGCUUGUUUUUUUGUACAAAGAAAAGUAAA